AAGUAAAAAAAAAAAGUGAAGAAAGAUUUACUAUUAUCAUUUUCCAAAGUUCCAACAACAAAAGCUGUAUAUCUUUCCAUCUCCCCCACUUUGCGGAGAAAUACAUUUGUAAUAGUUUUCGGCUCCUUGAUUUCCUUUGUAUAAAACCAUCCAUUUUGUUCUUUCUUCGUAUGCGAAGUAAUUAAUGCAAGGAAAACCCAAGAAUAACACAUUUAAGCAACCUCCAUUCGAUCCUUCUGUUUUCUUGACCAAUUCGAUCUCUUUUGUUCUCCCUCUCUCUCUCUCUCUCCCCCUUUUGUUUUCCGGAUCUUUGAUUUGAUUUCAUUUGUUUUGUCAUUGGCGUUGAAUGGGUUCGUGUUAUUCAUUGUUAGAGGGGUCAGUAGACUCUAUGGACUACAAUCAGAGUAAGAUAAGAAAGAAGAAGAAGAAGAACAGCAGCAGUAGAAACAAGGAUGCAUUUAAGAGUUCUAGCUCCUUUGCGUCAUCAGCAGCAGAGCAGGAGCUCCAUAGAAUUCCCGGGAGGAUGUUCUUGAAUGGCUCCAGCGAUAUAGCGUGCUUGUAUACGCAGCAGGGGAAGAAAGGCACAAAUCAAGAUGCCAUGCUGGUCUGGGAGAAUUUUGGCUCAAGGGAUGAUACAAUCUUCUGUGGGGUAUUUGACGGUCAUGGUCCAUAUGGUCAUAUGGUUGCCAAGAAAGUUCGUGAUUCACUUCCUCUUAAGCUGUGUACCCAGUGGAAUGCUAAUUCUAGUGAUUGCCAGAAUGGCAUUGCUCCAGAAAGCAUAAAUUCUGAUGAAACCGGAUCCAUCAGCAUGGAUGAUGAAUGGUGUUGUUCCUUGGAUAUUGAUGACACUGAAAAACUCCCUGAUCUGUAUCAGCCACUGAAACAAUCUAUCUUAAAGACCUUCAGGCUAAUGGAUAAGGAAUUAAAGAUGCAUCCAACAAUUGAUUGCUUUUGCAGUGGAACUACUGCUGUUACUUUGGUAAAGCAAGGCCAGAAUCUUGUAAUUGGAAAUGUUGGAGACUCAAGAGCAGUAAUGGGGACAAAAGAUAAAGAGAACUCUUUGGUUGCAGUACAGUUGACUGUGGACUUGAAGCCUAAUCUCCCAAGGGAAGCUGCCAGGAUCCAGCAAUGCAAAGGAAGGGUCUUCGCUUUGCAAGAUGAGCCAGAGGUUGCACGUGUUUGGUUGCCUAAUAAUGACUCACCUGGCUUAGCCAUGGCUAGAGCUUUUGGAGACUUCUGUCUAAAGGAUUUUGGUUUGAUUUCUGUUCCAGAUGUGUCUUAUCGUCGUCUCACUGAGAGAGACCAGUUCAUUAUUCUUGCCACUGAUGGGGUUUGGGAUGUUCUCUCAAAUAAGGAAGUUGUAGACAUAGUGGCUUCAGCCCCAAGUCGUACAACAGCAGCACGGGCUGUUGUAGAUUGUGCUGUUCGAGCAUGGAGGCUCAAAUUUCCUACAUCUAAGAGUGAUGAUUGCGCUGUUGUCUGUCUCUUUCUGGACCAUACAUCUCAGGCUGGUGAAGAGACAGAUGGCAGCACUUUGGAGAGCAUGACUGAGGAGUCAGAAAAUCCAACGCUUUCAGGCAUGAAUGACAGCAAAGCAACAGAUGGGAAUACUCAGCCUUUGAAUGGUCCUGUUCUUGAGCAAUCCAGCACCGUCCAACCUUCUGGUGAAAUUGUUCCUGUUUUGGAAUCAGUAGAGGAAAAGCUUCCCCAGAGGUGCCAUUCUACAAGGAGCCUAGCUGAGUGCAUUUCAACUGCCGAUGAUGAGGAGUGGUCUGCCCUUGAAGGUGUUACCAGAGUGAACAGUUUGCUAAACCUUCCCAGAUUUCUAUCUGGUGAUAAAAGAGCAACCAGUUGGAGAAAAUGGUUGUGAAACAUCAACAGCCAUGAAUUCGAUGCUAAGGUGCCAUACACCAAAAAAGGGAAAAAGUGAAAGUUUUAGACCGAUGACGAUCAUUAUUUGCAUGAUAACACUGUAAUAGCACGAUGAAAAUACGUAGGUUUAAGGCUGAAGGCUGUAGACGAUUGUGUCAAGCAGCUGCACACUGAGCAUAGGCAAAUUUUUUUGUUGAAUAAGUUUUGCAAGUACUCUAGUGUUAGGAAUGAUGAACUAGAGGACUUUGUUGCUUCCAGGCUAUAUUAUAAACUUUAAUUAUUAUUCGAUUUUCUGCA